AUGUCGGACAUUAAAGAACCCAAGGAAGACCCGCUCACCAGCAACACGAAGGAGGUCGCAGCCGGGGAGAUCACCGGGGAAAUCCGAGAUAUCGGAGCUGAGCUCUAUGCCGAAGUUGAUCAAUUGACGCCCGAGGAGCUGGAGCGCGAGGGCGCCGAAGUGCGCAAAUUGCUGGAUUGGCGGAUCCUGCCCAUUCUCUAUGUGACGUACGUGAUUCAGUUUCUGGACAAGUUGUCUCUCAAUUAUGCCUCGGCGUACUCGCUCAUUCCAGAUCUCGGUCUGGAGGGCCAGAGGUACUCCUGGGUCGCGGCCAUUUUCAACUUUGGAUAUCUCUUCUGGGCAGUGCCGUCAAAUCUCCUGAUUCAGCGCCUGCCAUUGGCCAAAUACAUGGGCACAGUCAUCAUCCUCUGGGCGGGUCUUGUCAUUGCGCACAUCGGGGCUAAGAACUAUGCCGGCAUUCUAGUCCUGCGCUUUCUCUUGGGAAUGGCGGAGGCAAGCGUCAGCCCAUGCAUGAUGAACUUCACCUCUAUGUUCUACAAGCGAUCUGAGCAGCCGCUGCGAAUGAGCCUGUGGCUUUCUGGCAACGGAAUGGCCACCAUGGUAGGAGCCCUACUGGGCUUCGGCCUCGGUCAUUCGCACAACACCAGUCUCAAGAGCUGGCAAUUGAUCUUCCUCACCAUCGGCCUGAUGAAUCUGGUGACCGGGAUGCUCUUCCUCUGGAUCAUGCCCGACUCCCCGGCGACGGCGAAAUUCCUCACGCACCGGCAGCGCAUUGUCGCCGUGCAGCGCGUCUCGGAGAACAUGAUCGGCGUCAAGACGAAGCAGAUCAAGCCGCGCCAGGCGCUGGAAAUCGCCUACGACAUCAAGGUGCUCUGCUGUCUUGGGAUCGGCAUCGGCUGCGGCGUCAUCAACGGCGGCGUCUCCAACUUCGCCUCGUCGCUUAUCAAAGGCUACGGCUUCAGCGGGCUCUACGCCACCCUCCUGCAGCUGCCGACCGGCGCCAUCGAAGCCGUCGUCGUACCCAUCUGCGGCCUUGUCUCGACAUACGUCAAGGACUCCCGCUGCAUUGUGCUCGCCGUCGUCUGUCUGAUCCCCUUCGGCGGCCUCCUCGGCAUCCGCUUCACCAGCCUCGAACACCGCUGGACCCUCGUCGGCUGCACCUGGCUCCAGUACAUCAUCGGCGCCCCCGUCAUCAUCUCCUGGAAUCUUCUCUCCACCAACGUAGCCGGCCACACGAAGCGCUCCUUCGCCAACGGCUUCUGGUUCACCCUGUAUGCGGGCGGGAACGUGGCGGGCGCGAAUAUCUUCUUCGCCCGCGAAGCGCCGCGGUACUACUCGGCGCUGGCGGGUCUGCUCGUCUGCUAUGCGGGAAUGAUCGUUCUGGCUUUCGUGGCGUAUGUGGCGAUGAAGGUGGAUAAUGUUCGGAGAGAGCGUGCAGCGGUGGCAGGGACAACGCCGGAACAGCGUGAGGAAGCGGCUGUUUUGGAUGGGUUCAAGGAUCUGACAGAUAUGGAGUCGAAGAACUUUCGAUACGCGCUUUAG